AUGCCGACUAUUACUAUAAAUCGAGCAUCGUUGAUCAGUGCUUUGGGCAAAGAGUAUACUGAUGACGAAUUUGCUGAUCUUUGUUUUGAUUAUGGACUGGAGUUGGAUGAAGUGACAUCCGAGAAAGCAAUGUUUACCAAAGAACAGGGUUUCACUGAGGCUUCAGAAAAUUUGUCUGAUGAAAUUGUCUACAAGAUUGACAUCCCAGCAAACAGAUAUGACUUACUCUGUCUGGAAGGACUGGCUCGUGGGUUGCUUGUUUUUCUACAAAAAAUUGAGGCUCCUAUUUACACUAGGGUUGAAGCUGCUGAUGGUCAAGGCCAGAAAUUAAUCAUUAAACCAGAGACUGGCCAAGUGCGUCCACACUGUGUUGCAGCUGUCUUACGAAACAUUACAUUUAACAGGGAACGAUACAACAGUUUCAUUGAUCUCCAAGAAAAACUACAUCAAAAUAUUUGCAGAAAGCGGACAUUGGUGGCAAUUGGAACUCAUGACCUUGAUACAGUUGAAGGUCCCUUUAGCUAUGAAGCUCUGCCACCAUCUGAAAUUGAAUUCAAACCAUUGAAUCAGACCAAAACUUAUACUGCAGUUGAAUUGAUGGACUUGUAUGCUACUGACAGUCAUUUGCGACAUUACUUACACAUAAUCGAAGAUGAACCACUCUACCCAGUGAUAUACGACAACAACAGAGUCGUGCUGUCAAUGCCCCCAAUUAUCAAUGGUGACCAUUCCAAAAUCACUUUGGAUACGAAGAACAUUUUCAUAGAAUGUACUGCAAAAGACUUGACCAAGGCUAAAGCAGUUCUUGAUACAGUUGUCUCAAUGUUUAGUGAAUACUGUGAAGAACCAUAUCAAAUUGAAGCUGUUGAAGUUGUUCAAGUUGACGGCACCAGCUGCGUCUAUCCGGAACUUACUGCUCGAACAGAAACAAUUGAUGUAGAAACUAUCAACAAGAAAGUAGGAAUCAGUGAAGAAGCUGAAUUAUUGGCAACCCUUUUGACCAAAAUGUGCUUGAAGAGUGAAGUCAGUGAAGAUGGCAAUCAACUUCUUGUCCAAGUGCCACCAACCAGAACAGAUGUAAUCCACGCAUGCGACAUAAUUGAAGAUGUUGCUAUUGCUUAUGGCUAUGACAAUAUUAAACAAACUAUUCCACAAAUGUACACAGUCUCAUCACAGGUUCCAAUAAAUCGAUUGGGGGAUCUACUGAGAAUUAAUAUUGCUGCAGCAGGAUUUUCAGAAGUCCUUACUUUUGCACUUUGUUCAAGAGAUGACGUUGCUGGAAAACUAAGAAAAAACAUAGAAGAUGUGCCUGCUGUUCAUAUCACCAAUCCAAAAACUCCUGAAUUCCAGGUUGCCAGGACAACACUCUUGCCAGGAUUGUUAAAAACCUUAUCCAAUAACAAAAAUAUGCCUCUGCCUCUGAAACUCUUUGAAAUCUCUGAUGUAAUAUUAUUGGAUUCCAACAAAGAUGUCGGAGCAAGAAAUGAACGUCAUCUUUGUGCCACAUUCUAUAACAAGAAUUCAGGAUUUGAAGUAAUCCAUGGAUUGAUGGAUAGAGUCAUGCAACUUUUAGACAUUGCUCCAACAAGAGAUGGUUCAGGUUAUUUCAUCAGGCCAUGUGAAGAUGAAACUUUCUUUCCUUUACGAUGUGCAGAGAUUGUGGUGAGAGACAAGAGUGUUGGUAAAUUUGGCAUUUUGCACCCAGAUGUCAUUGCCAAGUUUGACUUGAACUUACCUUGUUCAGCUCUAGAAAUGAGUAUUGAAGGACUCUGA